UCGAUAUAAAACGGUUCAUAAAGAUCAUAAAGAUGUUUAUAUCGCUUAGUUGAUCGCAGUAUUUUGAUGAAAUCAUAAGUGUAUGUGAAGACGGGAUUCACAUUUUUUUUUCUUUGCGGUUUGGUGCAUCCCCAUCGACGAGUACGCACAUAGUCGUGAUUUGGUUCUUUAUAAAGAAUUUUCGACUUUUGUUACAUCGACGCAGAUUAGAUCGCAGUUGAAAGUGAAUUUUUUCCUCAAAUUUUCAUAGUGUUCAAAGCGGAGUUUAAAAUGGAAAAUAAAUAUCUAUUGCAAAUAACGACCUUAGUUCUUUUUACUGGACAAAUAUUCGAAAUCAAUGCACAAGCUCCACCGGGUGGUAUUUUAGGGCGUUUGCUGACAGAAGAUGAAGGAUGUGGCAUUCCAAAAGUCAAGGCAUCCGUUUUUCGAAUUGUUGGUGGUAAAGCAGCACCCCGAGGUGGUUUUCCAUGGAUGGCAUUGCUUGGCUAUCAAAACAGUAUAGGUCAAAUAGCUUGGAGAUGCGGUGGUUCACUGAUAACAUCUCGUCACGUGUUAACUGCGGCCCAUUGUCUUAGACCUUCAUUGAUUAAAGUAAGACUUGGUGAACACAACACUGAUUCGGAUGAAGAUGAUGAUACAGUGCAAAACAUUGGAAUCCUCCGGACAAAAAUGCAUCCCGAUCACAAUAAACGUGACGGAACAAACGAUAUUGCAAUUUUAUACCUUCAACAUGAUGCAGAAUUUUCAAAUCAUGUGCGACCAAUUUGCAUACCAACUAAUGAGCCAUUUAGAAGCCGUUCGUUUGUUGGUGAAAAACCGUUCAUUGCCGGUUGGGGUCGACUGCAGGAAGGUGGAAAAACGUCGAUUGUGUUACAGCAGCUCGAAUUGCCAGUUCUCGAAAAUUCCGAAUGCAAAGAACGAUACAAAAAACAACGUAAAUUUAUUUCGGAUAAUCAAUUCGGUGGAUCGGUUCUUUGUGCCGGUGAUUUGAAUGGUGGCCGUGAUAGUUGUCAAGGAGAUAGCGGCGGACCAAUGAUGUAUCCAGUUGAAAUUAGUGGUGAUCGAUAUCGAUUUUAUCAAAUCGGCUUAGUUAGCUAUGGCAUAGGCUGUGCGAGAACCGAUACACCUGGCGUUUAUUGUAAAGUUCAAAAUUUUGUCGACUGGAUCCAAGAUAUUAUUGAAGACAGUUAACAGUAAUAUAGAGAGAAUAUUUAACAUUAUUCUCUAUAUUAUCAGAUAGGUAAUGCAGAGAGAACAUUUGAAUUAAGUGCUCCAGUGUUAAGAUCAAAUGAUUGUUAGAACUUUUUACUUGAUUUGAACAGAAUAUUUUUAACUUUUGUUUAAUAAAAUUAUUAAGUCAAUGUUUACAGUUUUUUAUACAGUGUUCAUACUUGAUUUUUGUUAUUCAAUAUUUACAUUGAAAAAUCAUUAUAUUAUUAUGUAUUUUAUUCAUUCGAAUACGGAAAAUUGAAAAAAAUUAAAUUAAAUUUACGAAAAUGGAAAGCUAAAGCAGAAAUUGGCGAAAUCUUGAAUAAAUACAAUAAUUCGCAUCUGAUGUUUAAACUGGUUUUUCUGAAUGUUAACUGGGCAAAACCACGCAUGUUUAUUGCAUGAUAUGAACGAAGGCAUCACGUUACUAUAGUAUGCGGGCGAUUGAUAUAUACAUGAAGCGAAUAUUGACACUUGAGCACAACAUAUUGAUGCUAAUCAAUAGUCUAGCUCCGCAAAUCGAUGAAAGCAAAAACCAAAACACGAUUCAUAUCAGUUUUUUUGAUUUAGUGUAUAGAAGUAGCGGCAAACAUUUCGCUUUAUUUAUUCAGAUUCUCUUAAUCUCGACUAACAAUUAGGUCGCGACUCUUGAUUUUGUUUCUUUUUCUUAUUUUGCUUUACUUUUAUUUUAUCAAUAACAAAAACUUGAAUUUAAUUAGAUCAAAUCGUUACAUAGAUAUGGAAAAUAAACAAAAAAAAAAUUCCAAUGAAAUCAUCUUCAGGAAUAGAACCUGUUUAUCCAGAUCGCAUCUGUGCAAAAUCAAGUCUACUGACAACAAAAGACAACAUUGUAUCACGUUCACUGAAGACACGAACGAAUCGAUUAAAUUGUUGAAAAUUAUCUGGGCAAAAAUAUAUCUGGGCAUUCGAAUAAAUAAAAUACACAUUGUGAAUAUAUUCGAUUUUUCAAUGUAAACAUUGAAUUAAUAAAGAACUCAUUGUUUCGGCUCAAUAAUAAUUUAUACAAUACGUCAUUAAAUUGAAAGAAUAUCGAUUGAUUCUUAACAAAUUGUGUGUUUCAUAAAGCAAACGCCGUCUUGAUUUGGUUAAUUUCUAAUUAAAAAAUUUCUCGAUUUUAUUUUUAGGUUAUUUCUUCGAACUUCAUUGAUGACAUUUAAUUAGCAUAGUUUAAUUAGCAUUAACGAACGAUUUGGGUAAACAGUCUCGAAAAUACGGUAUGAUCAACUAUUAUAUUUUAUUAAUUAAAUAUAAAAAUUCUUCAAGCGAUUUUCCCAGAAUUCUUAAAUGGUCAGGUUUUCCAAAUGGCAAUAAAAUUUUGCACAAAAACUGAAAAUCAAAUUCUUCAAGUCAGUUGGAGUCAUUACACAAUUUCAAAUUAAAAAUUGAACCUGUUUGCCGGGACCUCCUCGAAGGCAUGUAUAACUUAUCUGCUAACGAACAAGAAUAAUUGGGAAUGAGAAUCGAAUGACAUUGAAAAUCUCAUCUAAAAAUGUUUUCGAUUUUUCAAAUCAUGCAACCUAUUUGUAUAAUUAGAAUUACGACCAAAUUCUGAAUGGUGAAUCAAUGUUCACCUUCAAGUAGGCGGCUUCCAUCAAAUCAUAUGAAUUUAAAUGACAUACGUUUGAACGAAAUUAAGCUCAUCGCAUGUGUCAUGCGAAUUGAAUAACGGAAUAUGAACGGAACUCCCUGAGAAAAUCAAUCAAUUCGAAGUUUGAACUGCUUCGAUAGGUCAUUUAUAAUUUUAGAAAUCGAAUUCGAACAGUGAAACCUUACAAUAUCCUAAUCACACGGUUUAUUGUUUCAUUAUUUAAUCAAUUGAUUUUUCAAGUACUCCACUAUUGCAACUGUUUCGUAUCGAGAGAUUUUUACUGCGUAAUUGACUUUCCCUAAACAAUGAUAAGAAAAUUCAUGAUAAGAUAGUUCACCCCGCCUUCAGAAUGAACUUUUUUCAAAAAUAUCUUAAAAAAUUAUUGUCAAAUUCCUAAGUUAGUUGAAAGUUACUAAAGUAUAUAACAUACGAGAGAAAUAAAAUUGUAAUGAAAAAGCAAUAAACAGUACAGUAUUAGCUAAA